AUUAAUGCUAAUUACCAACUAGUUAAUAGUAAGAAACUACACUAGAGUGUUACCAACUUACCAAAGUAUUUAAAGUGAGAAGGAUACAUAAAAACAUGCCUUUUAACCUUAAGGCUUUGAAUGUUGAUGUUAAAUCCACUAUAUGUCACUGAUCUACUGUACAGUCAUUAAAUGACUGAGUAAUCCCUUACUUUCUUAAGAAAAAAGUAACUAAACUACACCCUGCUAAAAAAACAAUACAUCACAGAAAUUCUAUUGGUUUUAUUGGGAAUUGUAUUGGUUCUAAUGGAAUAUGGCCCAAAACACACUACAGUGUAGUGGUUUUAAUGGUAAAAGCUAAUGGUUCCUAUUGGUAUUUUAAUGGAAACCAUUAGAAUUUUCUGUAAUGGUUUUAUUGUUUUUUUCAGCAGGGCAGUAACUAAUUAUUUAGUAACUAGUUACACCCAACACGCAUAAGUUUGAAGGUGACAUUGUGUGUUAAGUAUCUGAAUCUUUCUUUCUCCUGGACAGUAAUGGUAGAGUUGUUCUGUAGCUUUAAAUUUGAGUCAAUAAAAAAAUUAACUUCACUACAGUGAACAUUUUUUAGUUGUCGUUUUUUUUAUUUUAUUGAAAAGUAUGACAACUAGCCCCAGUCUCCUGUUCCACUGCCCUGACUGAAACAAACAAACAGUGACAAGCACUUCAUUCUUUGCUGAAAUUAUUUAUAGUACAGAAUGGUGUGGUCCAUAUGGUCUGGAGGUAGAGCUUAAAAUAGCCCGGUUGUUUUCUAAAAGAGAUAUUCCCAGAGUUAUGUCAUUCAUUGAUGUCUUUAAUCAAACAUAAUCUUUAAAUGCUCAACUUCUCUUGGUCUUGAAUUGUUUUGCAGUGUUAGUUGUAGUGAAGUUAUUUGUCUGGUUUAGAGCUCCUCCUCAGUCAAGCUUGAGUUUCAGUGGCGAGGAGACAUCGUGAGGAGAAUAAAGAGACUCUCGAGUGACUGGACGCUUAUAACACAAUUCUGUGGAAGUUAUUCAUUAUAUGAUAUGAAGCUUUCAAAAUUCUGUUUCUGAUAUCAGCACAACUAUCAGGUGUUUUACUGAUGAGUUAACUCAUGGACGCGCGAGCUGCUGUUUUAAAGAAAUGAAGACUCGAAAACAAAUCAACAGAAAGUGAUAAAGGUCACGCGCAUUAACAUGGCCAUCACGGGCUCUUCGUUCACGGGGCUGAUACUGGUGUUGCUCGUGACUUUACCGGACUCGACCGGCGCAUGCCCGCGUCCGUGCGCCUGUUACGCGCCCGGUGAAGUUCACUGUACCUUCCGCUCGCUCGUCACCGUGCCCGCGGGCAUCUCGACACGCGCCCAGCGCGUAAAUCUGGGGUUUAAUGCUAUAAAUCACAUCCCAGCGUUGGCCUUUGGUGGCCUCAGAAGACUGGAGCUCCUUAUGAUGCAUGGAAAUAAUCUGCAGAAGAUUCCAGAUGGUGCAUUUCAGGAUCUUGUUUCCUUGCAGAUUUUAAAAAUGAGCUACAACAAGUUAAGUGUGAUCACCGGUCACAGCUUCUCUGGUUUGACGGGUCUCAUCAGACUACAUCUAGACCACAACCUCAUAGAGUUCAUUCAUCCAGAUGCUUUCAGUGGGAUGACAUCGCUUCGCUUGCUUCAUCUAGAGGGCAACCAUCUCCAGAAGCUCCAUCCUGCUACUUUCAGCACCUUCUCACUGCUCCAGCGCUUUCACAUCUCCACACUGAAGCAUCUUUACCUCUCUGAUAAUCUCCUGAGCACACUACCUAAAGAGAUGAUGGGAAACCUGCCUCAGCUGGAGAACAUCUUCUUGUACGGGAACCCGUGGAGCUGUGACUGCAGGAUGAGUUGGCUGCAGGACUGGAGAAGUUCUGGAGUGGUGAAAUGUAAAAAGGACAGAACAUUUGCCGAUGGUCAGCUGUGUCCACGCUGCUCCUCUCCAAAACAGCUGAUGGGAAAAGAUAUCUCAGAUGUUAAAGAGUUUAUUUGUACAGGACCAGCCAUCAGCUCUUCAGGAAAAGACAUUUUACAUGAAGAGAACAUCAGUGAACUUCUGCCCAUCGACAGGAUCAAAGAGCCUUUUGGAAACGUCUCUUUUAGUUUAUCAGAUGAGCACGGGACCAAAGCAGAUCUGUUCUGUCAAAUACUUGAACCGAGCGACUCCACUAAAAUCAGCUGGAAUUACACCAAUUCUCAGCAGAUCGCUGCUAACAUGACUCUAUUUUUUGAUGUGGAAUGUUCUUUUGACAGAGACAACUACGAAAGCUUAUGGAGGCUCCUUGCGUACUACAGUGAAGUACCUGUGCGUCUGCGAAGGGAAAUUAUGUUAACCAGAGAGCCCGAGCUGAGCUACAGAUACAAGCAGGACAUUGAAAAGGAUGCCUUCUAUUACACCGGGGUGCGAGCCAACGUCUUAGCUCGGCCAUCUUGGCUCAUGCAGUCCUUUAUGAACAUUAAACUGAACAGGCCCUAUUCUUCUUCCAAGAGCGUGCGACUCAUUCUUAAUACUCAGGUGUCAACCGUCACAGAUGAAGACCUGAUCAGACAGCAGAAGAGACCCUGGGUCAUGAUCGAACAUGACAACAAAACUCAAACAACCUUCAGCUGUGUUGUGGGUGGUAUGAUUGAAAUGAACUGUGUUGUUCGCAGCUCUGAGGAUGCUGCCGUUCAGUGGAUGUUGCCUGAUGGUUCGAGGGUCAAAGUUUCAGCGAGCACACCUAACGAUAGAGUGACCGUCUCUAGCACUGGCAAGCUUCACAUCAAAUCCGUUGACCACAGCGACGUUGGAGUUUAUUACUGCAUUGCUGAAGUCGUCGGAGAUGUUGAUAUUGUGCCUUUUCGUUUGGCAGUCGUGGAUUCGUCCACCCCUCUUCAGGGUGAAGAGAUUGGAAGUGCUUUAACUAGAUUUGUUGGUGAGUCUGCCACUUUGCCUUGUCUUUCUGUAGCAGCACCAGAUGCUGUGGUGAAUUGGAUCUUUCCAGAUGGCAGUAUACUGAAUUCCAAGGCAAACUCAUCCAGGGCUUUAAUCUACUCCAAUGGGACUUUGUUCAUUCCGUAUAGCCAGCUGAACAACAAUGGUUAUCACAAAUGUCUAGCCUUAAACCAAUAUGGUGUGGAUGUUUUGGCUACUAAACUCACAGUCUUGGGAAGGAAAAGAAUCCAGUCGCUUCAACCGUAUCCCAGCAGACCGCAGUCUGCUGCAGGUGUCUCCACUAGAGUAAACGUUUUUUUGGAGGAUGUGGAAGAGGCAUCUGGAGAUGAUUCCAAUACUCAAGAGCGAACACAGCACAACAGAAUCUCCAUGAAUCGCAGAAGGGGUCCAAAUGCCACAACACAUGGACAUUCAUUUGGCAGACGUAGACGGCCCUUUAGAAAACAAAAUAAAUCUGACUUUGCAAACCAAAGAAGGGCUAAUACAAAAAGCAAAAUAGAUCCACGCAAAUGGGCUAAUAUUUUGACCAAAAUUCGUGAGAAAUCUGCUUCAAAAAAUACAUCAUUUCAUAUUGUCCAAGGCAACACAUUAGUAAAUGUAGAAAGUCCAGGAUUGAUUGACAAUACAGAAGGCUCAUCUCCAGAUGACUCUGGUCAACAUGCUUACAACACAAAAGUGGUUAAAGUUACAGCUCAUGUAGAGGAAGAGAAUAAAAACAUCAACCAAACUGCUCCUUCAGAGGUCGACACUAGUGCAGACAAAAUGACUUACAUCACAACUCCUCAAUCUGUUUCUAAUUAUGGGAUCACAGAGAUAAAUGUUGCAGAAGAGAGGCAUGUGGGUACCAUCAGUGGGGAACGGAUAGAAAACAACCAAAUAUACUCAGGCCCUCUCAUCAGACCUCCAUCUGAGAGUGAGAUUGAACUUAAUUUCUCUAAGACUGGUGCUUUGGAUUCAGGGGAAAAUGGCAGCUCUUUAUUGUCAACCACUUUAACCAGUAAUACUGGACAAGAGGCUCCAUCUGGCUCUGUGCAAUUAAUAGCAAGAAAUAACUUGAGCUCCAGACAACGAGCAUUUGGAAGCAGGCGGCGAAAAAAAUUAAGAAGGCCAUUCUUGAAGCCCACUAUAAGCAGCCCACGGUCAGCUUAUAUAUACCCUACAAUCCCAACAGGAGACACAAAAGUCUAUUUAACCUCUGGUACUACUGGCCCCAUAUACCCCACAAUCCCAACAGGAGACACAAAAGUCUUUUCAACUUCUGGUACUACUGGUCCCAUAUACCCCACAAUCCCAACAGGAGACACAAAAGUCUUUUCAACUUCUGGUACUACUGGUCCCAUAUACCCCACAAUCCCAACAGGUGACAUAGAUGUCUAUUUAACCUCUGGUACUACUGGCCCCAUAUACCCCACAAUCCCAACUGGGGACGCAUCAAUUUAUCCAACCACUGUGAAUACUGCCUACAUACACCCUACAGUCACGACUGGAGACACAUCCGUCUAUCCAACCUCUGGAGCCCAUAUAUACUCCGCAAUCCCAACAGGUGAUAUAAAAGUCUUUUCAACCUCUGGUACUACUUUCCCCAUACACCCCUCAAUCCCAACUGGGGACGCAUCAAUCUAUCCAACUACUGGAGAUACUACUCACAUAUACCCUACAGUCACACUUGGAGGAACAUCUUCCUAUCUGACAUCUGGAGAUACAGGCCACAUAUACCCUACAGUGCUGAGAGCAUUACCAGGCGGAAAUAGUGUCAAAAACAAAGUAGACAAAAAAGAGGGUGGAAAGAGUCUGUAUACAGGAGAGAGGAUGGAUAAAUACUUGACUCCCAAAGAAGUAGAUCCAACAUCUUCACCUGGUACUGGCCAUGUCCCACUGACAACAGCUUUACAGGUGGCUAACAGUGAGACAGAGGCAACUGGAAGCAGUUUUACUCUGAACCUAGGCGAGUCUCCGAUGGAUGUCCUUCGCUUAUCUGUAUCACACUCUGAUGGUAAAGGAGAGAAUCAUGCUUUGAGUAGAACUAGUGCUGGAGAAAAUAACCCUGUUACUUCAGUUCCACCACAAAAUAACUCACUGUUACAUGUGACUCACAAGUUUAAUAACCAAUCAAUUCAAAAUCAAGUAUCUUUUCCAUUAACAACAGAGGCACCUACAAAAUCCAUAAGCUCUGUGGCCACAAGUUCACAUACAUUCGUUGCUACUUUCAUUGAAAACAAUGAUUUUGUCAUUUCAAAAUCAGUUUCUGGGGUAGAUUACAGAGAACAGUCAGUCCUAACACAUGAUAAACCUUUGAUUGUUCCAGCAGCAUCCACAUAUUCUUCACCCAUUACAACAGUACCCACCUUUGCCACCAGUAUUUCCAUUACAACCCAACACAGGGGAACAACACCAUCUAUUGACCUGCCUACAGCAAGCACAUUAUCUUUAACCAACACUGAAAGGUCUGCUGUCCAGCUAACACCUGGCCUUCCUGUACAAGACAACAGAAUCCCAUUUCAGUCAAGAAAUCCUGAAACAAACUUCAUAGUCAAAGAAAAUGGAAGAAUCCCCACCACAAAUAACAAAUAUCCUUUCUAUUACAGAAGACAUCCCUCUCGAAAUAUUCAGCCCAAUAUUAUCAGAAGUUCAUCUGUGGAUAUAAAGUCUAUCAAAAACAUCCAAACUACAACAACUGCUGUACACAGUCAAAGCACACAGUCAAAGCAGAAGAUUCAGGCAGAAGUGGAAUCAGUGAACAAGAAGUGGAGUGAAGUUCUGUCUCAAACCCAUCAAACGCUUUCUACUCUUCAGAAGAGACCCAGAAUUACCACAGCUAAAUUUCACACAGUCACUGUAGAUGCUGGCUCACGUCUGCAGGUGCCUUGUGAUUCUGUGGGGGAUCCCCAACCUUUCUUGAGCUGGACAAAAGUCUCCACAGGAGCCAUUAUGUUAUCAGAUAGCAGAAUCCAGAGAUUUGAGGUUCACUCCAAUGGAACGUUUGUCAUCCACAAUGUCCAGCUUCAGGACCGUGGCCAGUACCUUUGCACCGCUCGCAAUCUGUACGGCUCCGAUCGAAUGACAGUGACUCUGGUGGUGUUGGCCCAUGUGCCCAGGAUGACACUUCCACGUCAUCGAGAUGUAAUGGUUUAUUUAGGAAAGAGUGUUGUUCUGGAAUGUAAAGCUCAAGGUCUUCCCACCCCAAACAUAAGCUGGGUUCUUCCGGAUCGCUCGGUGGUGCGUACUGUUAGCGGAUCUGAACAGAGAGUUAUGCUGCUCGCUAACGGAAGUCUGGAAAUCAAGCACACCAAUUACAUGGACAGGGGCGUCUACAAAUGCAUCGCAAGCAACGCCGCUGGCGCGGACAUGUUGUCAGUGAGACUUCAAAUUUCAGCAUUGCCUCCGAUGAUCCAUCAGCAGCGCAGGGAGAAUCGGACGAUUCCCGAUGGCCAGGCCGUGUACAUCCACUGCACUUCCGAAGGCUUCCCCAGUCCGGCUCUCAGCUGGGUCACAUUUAAUGGCACGCAGAUUCGCCCAUCACAGUUCAUCAAUGACAACCUGUUUGUUUUCCCCAACGGGACGCUGUAUAUUCGCAAACCGACAGAACAGGAUUCUGGGAAUUAUGAAUGUGUAGCUGUGAAUUCUGUAGGUGUGGCAAUGAGAAGUGUGACUCUACAUGUUAAGGGAAAUUCCUCUAUGGCUAAAAUCAUCUCCACCCCAGCACAGAUGACAGAUGUUCAGUAUGGAGGUCAGCUGAGUUUAGAUUGUACCGCCACUGGAACCCCAAAUCCCAGGAUCAUCUGGAGAACACCAUCUAAAAAACUGCUCGAUGCACAUUACAGCUUUGAUCGAAGGAUGAAAGUGUUCAGUAACGGCUCUUUAACCAUCAGCCCAGUGACAGAGAAGGAUGAGGGCGACUAUCUUUGUGUGGCCAGAAACAAAUUGGGCGAUGAUUAUUUACUUCUGAGAGUCAAAGUGAUAACAAAAGCUGCUAAAAUCGAACACAAGCCACUAAACCACCACAAAGUGUCGUAUGGAGGUGAGCUAAAGGUUGACUGCAUCGCUUCCGGUCUUCCCAACCCAGAGAUUGCGUGGAGUCUUCCGGACGGUACCGUGAUUAACAGCGUCUUGCAGUCGGAUGACAGCGGUGUCCGCAGGAAGAGAUAUGUGGUGUUUGACAACGGCACGCUCUAUUUCAACGAGGUAGGCAUGAAAGAGGAGGGCGACUACACGUGCUACGCAGAGAACCGCAUCGGUAAAGAUGAGAUGAAGGUUAACAUCAGGGUGGUGGCCAGUGUGCCAGUGAUUCAUAAUAAUACAGCUGAUGCCAUCAGAGUUCCUUACGGGAAGACGGCUGUGCUCACGUGUCGCGCUGAAGGAAAACCUGCUCCCGCUAUCACAUGGAUGUCGCCGGUGAAUCGUGUCAUAUCAGCAGUGUCAGACAAGCACCGAGUCACUGAAGAUGGGACGCUGCACGUUCAUAAGGUCCAGAGGUUUGACACUGGAAAUUAUACUUGUUUAGCUAGAAACGCUGUGGGAAUAGACAGGAAAGUAAUUCAAGUAGAAGUUCUUGUAGAUGUCCCUGUUAUUAACGGAUUAAAGGACCCAGGAACCAUCAGAAGAACUGUUAUGAAAGAUCAUGACGUACUAUUGGACUGCAGAACCGAAGGAAAUCCAGUGCCGCAGAUCACAUGGGUGCUGCCCAACAACGUAGUGCUGCCAGCGCCUCAUUAUGGCUCAAGAAUCACCGUACAUCGCAACGGUUCCCUGGAGAUUCGUGCCGCGCGCAAAAGUGAUUCUGCCGUGUUUCUCUGCAUUGCACGUAAUGAAGGAGGAGAAGCCAAACUCCAAAUCCAGCUCGAUGUGACUGAAGAUAUAGAAAAGCCACGGUUAAGAGAUUUACCUGUAGAGCACAUCCCUUUAACUCCUGGUGGAUUAGUGACCUUAAACUGCUCUGUAGACGGCAGACCCACACCUGAGAUUACCUGGAUUUUACCCAAUGGCACAUCGCUCCUCAGAGGCUCCGGUGUUUUCCGCUUUCAUCAUAAACUCGAUGGAAGUUUGCUUAUUAGGGAACCUUCAGUGUCAGAGGCGGGCCGGUAUCGAUGUGUGGCCCACAACAGCGCCGGAUAUGUCGAACGGAUCGUGAUGCUGGAGUCCAGCAGAAAGCCAGACAUACUCAACAAGUACAACUCUUUGGUCAGCAUUGUUAACGGGGAGAAUUUGGAGCUAAACUGUCAGGCGAGCGGUAAACCAGAACCUGAACUGACGUGGACUCUGCCCAGCGGUGUUAUUUUAGCCAGGCCACAGCAAACGGGACGCUACGCUGUUCUGAAUAACGGUACCUUGAGCGUCCAAAGAGCGUCCGUUUACGACAGAGGAAUAUACGUCUGUCAGACGAAUAACCAACAUGGAUCUUCCAGUCUGACGGUUUCCGUGAUCGUAAUCGCUUAUCCUCCUCGCAUCACCAGCGGCCCGGCGCCCGUCACGUACGCCAAACCCGGUGCGUCGCUUCAGCUCAACUGUUUAGCUCUCGCCACACCGAAAGCGGAGGUGAUUUGGGAAAUGCCCGAAGGCAUCCAGUUCAAGGUCGGCACGCAGCCGCGACUCUACGGAAAUAAAUAUCUCCAUCCGCAGGGUUCAUUAAUCAUUCAGAAUCCCUCAAAAAAAGACAAUGGAUUAUAUAAGUGCACUGCCAAAAACGUGGUGGGUAGUGACAGCAAAGCAACAUAUGUCUAUGUGUUUUAAUGUCAAAUGACUCACUUUACAGAUGAGCCAGAUGAUCCGUGUGGACUAUACUGUACAAACAUUGCAAUAGAGAAACUCAAUAUGAUUUACUCAAGGUCGGGAACCGGGGAGAAGAUUUGCUGUCCAUGUAAAAUCCAUGGAUUGAAAUGAAACCUGAUGAUUUUACGUAGCAAACAAGUGUUCUCAUGAAGCCAAAAUGUUUAAUUCACAGCAAACUUACCUUGAAUUCACUGUAAAUUGGUUUGGUUAGCCUCAUUGUAAAUAAAUACGUUUUUGAAUGUCAUGUAUUGUAGUUCAGUUUCAGUGAAUGAGAGUAAAACAUGAAUAUUACUUUCUUUUCUGUGUAUAAAUGACAUGAAUGAUAAAAAAAGACUCAGUAAGAGUACACACAUAUCUUCAGAUGAGGAUUUCUUACUGGUACUGAAUAAAAGGAUAUUUCUAUUUGAUGUGUUCCUCUAUGUUUCAUGUGAAUUGUUUGCUGAACCCAGAUCAGUGCAUUAUAAAAUAUUUUCUCAUGAAAUCUACACACAGUGUUACCUUCAGUCUCAUAAAGUGAAUCUGACAGAAAUCAUCUGUAAGCGUCUUUAACAUUAACUGUGGAUGAUGAAUGAUGUUACCAACCCUAAACUGUAAGGAUGAGCGUGACUUUGUGUGAGUAUCGUGUGUUUUAUAUUCAUACUAGAGUUAUUUACAAGUGUCUUUAUUAUUUUGGAUAAAGUAAGAAAGUAUUAAAGUAAUAAUAAAGUAUAACUAUUAAAUGAAUUAGGAUAAACUAAUAAAUUAUGACAAG